GUUGAUAAUAUAAUGCGCGAAUACGACCUGGCAACAGUGCUUGUUGUCGACGAUUAGAAACUAGUUUUCCAAGUGAUUUCAAUAUUGCGAAAUGGUAAUUUUAAUUCAAUUUCUAACCUUCAAUCACUGAAAUGAAUUAUGCACAUGAUGAAAAUAAGGAUUUCCAAAAACCGGCUAAAUAUUUCUAAAGUUUACAGGAUUAAAAGAAAAAAUUGUUUUACUUAUACAGCUAUCCUGAUAAUUUAUUAAUAAAUAAUUCAAAAUGAAACGUUGGUUGUUAAUGGAAUUACGAAGAUUUUUUAAAAAGCCAAAAGAUCUGAAACGUGCAGCAAUAAUAAAAAGGAGGUUAUCUUUUGUUUAUCUUUUCCUGGCAUGGAAUGCAUUUGGACUUUACGUUUACUCUCGUAUAAAGGAGGAAUUUCCUAUGACACCAACUGAACAGAAACUUCCAGCACUUUGGUAUCUAAGAUUAAUAGGAGAAAAGGAGGCUACAGUUUUAUCUUUCGAAGGAUUUAAACAAAAAUCGCAUACACAUUUUGAUGCAAAUUCUCAAACAUUAACUCCUGUUAAACCCGACACAAUAUUUUCAUCUGCAGACUUCGAAGAUGAAACGGAGCAAAUAGCAUAAUUUGAUAACUGAUGAACAAGAUGUUCUAUACAAGUUAGUUUUUUUUUAUUAUGUACAAACAUUGUUAAUAUUCUAGAAAUAUAAUAAUUUAUCCAUUUAAGUUAUAAAAUAAAAAAAUAAUUUCUAUUUA